CUAAAUGGAGGAUUAUGGGAAGGGGGAACUCUUACACUGUGGGCUGCAGAAAAAUGAAAACAGAAAUUUUAAGUGAAAUAGCCCACGGUCUGCAGUACUUUAUCCACCGAGAAUUGAUAUGCAAAAAGACUCGAAAGUUCUUCCUUGCUUUGCAGGGAGGCCAGGAAAUAUAUAUUUAAGUAGGUGCUGAGAUAUAACGUGCUUAUAUAUGUGGGAGGAUUCAUGGAGUUUGGUGGGUUUGAUUUAAUUUCUAUACCAUAAUCGAUCUAUUAAGGUUGCAAACUACCGUAGGAAGCUGAACUCUAUUAAUCGGAUUCAUAUCAAUGGGCUAGUGGUUGAAGGGAAGCAAGCUUUGGGUAUUGGUAUUGCUGAUUUCUACAAUGAGCUCUUUCAAGAAUCCACUACAAAUAGACCUUUCCCUGGUGUGUAUCUUAAUAUAAGAUUGGACCCUCAAGAGUGCAAUGAUUUAACUCGUAGUUUCAGCGAAAAGGAAAUAUGGGAUGCGAUUUCCUUGAGUGAUGGGUUUAAGGCCCCGGGGCCUGAUGGCUUUACUUUUGAUUUCUACAAGAAAUGCUGGUUGUUGUGUAAGAAAGAGGUGGUCCAAGCCUUUGAGGAAUUUCAUGCUACGCGUUACCUACCUGACAUCAUCACCCUUGCUUUUAUUUGCCUAACUCCGAAAGUCGAUGUUGUUGAAAGCAUGAAAGAUCUCCAGCAUGUAUGUUUGAUGAAUAGUUUUAACAAGCUCGUGAGUAAGGUUUAGAUGAGGCGUUUGAGUUGUGUUCUUCCUAAGCUGGUAUCCCCUAAUUAGCAUGCCUCAGUUCGUGGAAGACAUAUCUCGGAGGCGACACUUAUUGCUAAUGAGAUUGUUGACAGCAUGAAGAAGAACAGAAAGGCGAGAUUAAUGUUCAAACUGGACAUUGAAAAGGCAUUCGACAAUGUUAGCUGGGAAUGUCUCUUCAAUGUGAUGGACAAACUGGGUUUUUCUGCGAAAUGGCAUAAAUGGAUCAAAGGGGAUUUGUGCUCUCCAAUGAUAUCUAUCCUUGUUAACGGGGAGGCACAUGGAUACAUUCGUGCGAGUAAGGGGGUGUGCCAGGGGGAUCCACUCUCCCUGGCGAUCUUUGUCCUAAUCAUGGACAUUCUUUCUUUCAUGAUUAUGAAGCUAAGGAAUGUGAAUGGGCUGUUUGGGUUUGCUAUGAAUGAAGACAUGGGUGUUGGAGAAGUUACACAUCUCCUUUUCGCUGAUGACUCCCUCAUCUUCUGUGAUGCUGAUUGACUCGCACGAAACAACACCACAAUAAAAUCCCGACUAGAGUCCAAGUUUUUAAACUCUAGUCGGGUGUAGUAUAGAGCAAGUAUUUCAAUAUCAACCCGGGCCGGUCCGUCUACCCCUACUUCAGCUGUUUUAAUCAUUAUCUAGCAACAAAGUUUUGGUUUAAAAGUUUGCUAAUUGUAACAAAAUAGGACAAAGGUAAAUGGGUUUGAAAACUCUUUUGUGGAAGGAUCACUCGGGUGUCGCUUCUCCCUAACUACUAACAUGAUAUGUGAAUUGGAACGAUUGUUUUUGGCAAGGUAAUCGCGAACCGUAGAGGGAUGCAUAUAUGAUCGGAGACCACAAUCUCAAUUGCUAAACUGAGGUAAACAUUAAAGGUCGUGUCACUCGACCCUCUCGGUUUAGGCAAUCGGUAGUUGACUUACUCCCUCACUCAACUCAAAGGUCGGACGGCUUAAUCGCGGUUAACUGGUUUUCUUAACUCAACAUUGAGGGUUUCCCUAAAUUAACCUAGUUAGGUGGCUUAAAAGGCUGAAGGAAAACCAACUCGAUUGAGUCUCCCUUGGAAGGGGGGAUUUUCCUCUCUAAGCUAGGUUAAGGUGGCUAAUUAUAUUGCUAGCACCAACAUACACAAACCUAAGGGUGCUAAGCAUAAUUAUGCACAAUCCUUAGGUUGCUAAGCACCAAAAUGCACAAACCUAAGGAUGUUAAGCACAAAACAUGCACAACCCUUAGGUUGCUAAGCACAAGCAUGCACAAUCAACAUGAAUAAUACCUCAAUCAUUGAAUUAAACAAUACCCAAUGACAAUCAUUCAAUUCACAUAAAAGAAACUACAUGGUAGAGUUAGGGUUUCACAACAUCCAAGUGAAAGGAGAUCUACUCCAUGCUAGAAAUGGGAAAAACACAAAGAGAAGAAGAGGAAACCAUCUUGGAGGAUACUCCCAAUUUUCUUGGCCCUUGUGUUGAACUUUACUUGGAGGAAAUCUUCCCAAAAUCUACCUUCAAGCAAAACCCUAGCCUUCUUCUCCCUUGGUUCGUGUUUCUCUAUCUAGAAAUCUGAAGAAGGCUUUUCACACAAAAUGGGCUCUCCCCUCUCUCCUCCUUUCAACUCAUCUUUUAAACCAGAGACGAGCUUAGUUCACGGUCUGAGUUCACGGCCGUGAACCAUGAAACGCGUCUGUGAACUGCAGGCGUGCGCCAAAACGCACCACUUCGAUCACUUAUGUUCACGAGCAACAGCCUCCAUUCACGGUCAUAGUGACUGUGAACUCACCUUGCGUAAGUAACCUAUAUUUUGGCUCUGGACGCCUCGCGAUUCACGGUCAAGGGCUCUUCUUCACGGUCGCGCAAGACCAUGAACUUCCUGGGAUAGCUGUGAACUGGCCCUUUUUCAUCUCUUCUCCCGGUUUUCGAUCCUUUUCAUCCAACUUUCGACUCCGAGGCUGGUUCCACCUGUUAAACCCUGAAACACACUAAAACACGAGGAACCUAGCGUAAAACCAACCUUUUAGGAGUGAAUUUGCCACAAACACCUAAGUAAAACGGGAACAAAACAUGUACAAUUAGGCCCGAAUCACUCCCCGAACCACGCUUAGACGUUUGCUUGUUCGGUUGUCCCCAAGCAAACAAUUUCGCACAAGGUAAUAUUUCAACCUACACAAAUACUUUGGGGACAACUCAAAGGUCACAAAGUGGGAAUUCUCAAUGGCUAUUGGCAAUCAAUACAUGACCGUUGCAAGCAAUACCGACAUCGACCACAAACGACUUUCGAAGCCACCAAAAACGGGUAAAUGAAAAGUUCUCACCUUGUUCAUGGAUCAAUGCAAGUCGCAACAAGAACACUUAUCAACCACAACCAACCAUGCAUGGAAUUCAAGUCCGAAGAACAAAUGGAAAGGCAACAAAGGUCUUUACCGGGG